AUGAAUUUUGUGCUCGUCGAAGGUGGCGGCGUCGAAACGCCGCCGAUUUUACGCAAAAUUUUGAGGCUUCGAAAAAUCGCGCUGAUUUUGGCCGGAAUCGCCGCCUGGUAUUAUGCUAGUGUGGUUUUGAAUCCCGAAAAUAUGGAGAAUACUAGGUGAGGGGGGUUUUGGGAGGAAAUUUUAAGAUUUUUGACUGAAAAUCUGGAAUUUUCAGCUAAAAUUGAUCGAAAAUCAUGAAAAUUGAGCAAUUUUAAGAAGAUUUUUGGCUAAAAAUUUGAAUUUUUCCUGGAAAUUGACAUAACUUUGAUAAAUAACUGAAAUUUUCAGCUAAAAUUUGAUCAAAAUGUUGAAAAUUUGCAGUUUCGACUGAAAAUUAUCAAAAUUUGUUAAAAACGAUGCAAUUUUCAAAAUAUUUCAUGUUCGGGCUCAAAAUGCUCCAAAUAACCUGGAGAAUCUGAAAAACACAGUCUUUCUGAAUUUUCCACAAAAUUUGGAGCAUUUUGAGCUCAAACACGGUGUAUUUUGGUAGAAUUUUGAAAAUGGGACCAUCUGGAGGCCAAGAAGGUCCAAUUUUCAAAAAUUCACCAAAAUAUAUCAAGUUUGGGCUCAAAAUGCUCCAAAUAACCUGGAGAAUCUGAAAAACACAGUCUUCCUGAAUUUUCCACAAAAUUUGGAGCAUUUUGAGCUCAAACACGGUGUAUUUUGGUUAAUUUUUGAAAAUGGGACCAUCUGUAGGUCAAGAAGGUCCAAUUUUCAAAAUUCUACCAAAACACACCGUGUUUGGGAUCAAAAUGCUCCAAAUAACCUGGAGAAUAUGAAAAACACAGUCUUCCUGAAUUUUCCACAUAAUUUGGAGCAUUUUGAGCCCAAACACGGUGUAUUUUUGCUCCAAAUGGCCCAAAAUUCAAAAAUCCUCCAAAACAUAUCAUGUUCGGGCUCAAAAUGCUCCAAAUAACCUGGAGAAUCUGAAAAUCUAUAUUUUUCGGGCUUUAAAACGAGCAAUUUUGUGAUUUUUUUCCAAAAAAAUCAAUUGUCUCUGUGAACUUGUGUCUGUGAGAAAAUCAUCAUUUUCGGCUCAAAAAAUCGCGUUUCAUUCCAAUUUUUCGAAAAUUCGAGAAUGCCCAGAUCAUUCGCGAUCUUCUUCCUGAUCUUCCAAAUCGCAACAUCAUCUUCCCCCCUCAACAUCCAAGAAAGCGCCUCAGAUCUCAUGAACCGCUACAAAACUGCGAUCCUGGAGAAAAAUGCGAAAAAGCUGGAACUCAUCACAGAUCCAACAUUCUACAUAGAUCCAUGUGAUCGCAAAUCAAAUCGAAUGAAUCGCGAAUAUUUGAUGACUGAUCUAUCGCGAUUCAGUUGGCAAUACUUUAAAAUCGGAAAAUUGGACUACCGCUCGCAAUCGGUGGUUUUUGAAGAGGGAAUUCUGAAAAUCACUGCGAAAAUGACGAAUGGAGAAGCCAUUUUUCACGCCAAAAAAUUACAGAAUAAUUCAUUUAAAAUGAUUAUGGAAAAACAGUACAAUUGUAGGGGAAAAGUUACGGGAAGUUUGGUUGUUGAUUAUGAUAAUUCCAAGGAAUUUAAAGGGGGACAAUUGGGUAAUUAAUAAAGGUUUUUAAUUGGCAACGUUGAAUAUUAGAGAUUUUUCCGAACUCUCCAGGUUAUUUGGAGCAUUUUGAGCCCAAACAUGAUAUGUUUUGGAGGAUUUUUGAAAAUGGGACCAUCUGGUGGUCAAGAAGGUCCAAUUUCCAAAAUUCUACCAAAACACAUCGUAUUUGGACUCAAAAUGCUCCAAAUUUUGUGGAAAAUUCAGGAAGACUGUGUUUUUUAGAUUCUCUACGGUGUUUGGAGCAUUUUGAGCCCAAACAUGAUAUGUUUUGGUGAAAAUUUGAAAAUUGGAGCAAGAAUGGUCCGAUUUUCAAAAUUUUACCAAAACACACCGUGUUUGGGCUCAAAAUGCUCCAAAUAACGUGGAGAAUUCAUUUUUCCAUGAAUUUUCUAUUCCUGAAAUUAAUUUCAGAUCAAAAAUCUGAAAAUUUCAAGAAUUUUCAAUAUUUUAAGCCAAAUCCCCAAAUGUUUUUCCAGAAUCUCCGAACAUUCUCUGAUGCCUGGUCUCGUCACUGCAAAAUUCGACAAGACCUCAAUGAUUGCACAAAUUUUCAGCGAUUUGUCUGAAAAUCCAAAGUGAGUCCCUUUUCAUUGAGAAAAAAACAACAUUUUUGAAAAAUCCUGAAAAAAUGCGAUUUUUUUGUCAUUUUCCCAUAAAAAUCCGUAAUGUCAACAAUAAAAAUUCCAAUUUUUCGAAAAAAAAAAACAUUUUGAACGAAGAAAAUCCAUUAUUAAUCCGCUAGAGAAUUGGUUUUGGAUUUCAAUGGGAAAAUUUUUUUUCAGAAAAAAAAAACAAAAAUUUUUUUCUAGAGGUUUUCAGAAGCUCUAGAUGAUUUUUCUGGAUUUUUCAGGUAAUUUCUGGAUUUUUGAGCCCAAACAUGAUGUAUUUUGGUUAGAUUUUGAAAAUGGGACCAUCUGGAGGCCAAGAAGGUCCGAUUUUCAAAAUUUCACCAAAAUAUAUCAUGUUUGGGCUCAAAAUGCUCCAAAUAACCUGGAGAAUCUGAGAAAAACACUGAAACUCCAGGAAAUCCCAAAAAUCUCGAUAUUUCAAAGAUCCAAAAUUUUUUCAAAAAUCGAAAAUUUUCAAUUUGGGUUUUCUAGAGGUUUUCAGAGCUUCUCACUGGGGUUUUCAGAUUUUUCACUAAAUUUGGAGCAUUUUGAGCCCAAACAUGAUAUAUUUUGAAAAUGGGACCAUCUGGAGGCCAAGAAGGUCCGAUUUUCAAAAAUUCACCAAAAUGUACCAUGUUUGGGCUCAAAAUGCUCCAAAUUUGAUGAGGAAUCCGGGAAAAACAUCCAGAACUCAUGAAACCUCCAAAAUUCACCGUGUUUGGGCUCAAAAUGCUCCAUUUUUUCGCAGAAAUAUCCAAAAAACCAUCUGUGGCUAUUUCCACAAAUGGGAUCUAUCAUGUCACUCGCAAAAAUUCCGCUCAAACGUGCCAGGAAUCCAAAUUUCGGGCGAAAAUGUUUAUGCGUGGAUUCGAGGUUCGCGAAAUGACGGAGGAGAAGCUCAAUUGAUUGGUGUCAAAAUUGGUGGAGGCCGAAAAAAAAGCGAGGCGGAAUUGAGGAAUUUGAUCAUUGCUCAGGUUAUGGCGUUUGCUUAUUAUGCUAAAGGUAAGGUUUUGGGGUACUGUAGGGUUACUGUAGGGGUUUUUUGACGUUAAAAAUCUUGAAAAUUUGAAAAAUAUUGAUCAUUGCUCAGAUUAGGCGCAAAAAAUACAGUAAUCUAGGAUUUUUUCCAUCUACAGUAAUCUUUCAAAAAUGUUGUUUAUUGCUCAGAUCUGGAUUACUGUAGAGGUUUUUUAGGGCAAAAAUCUAGAAAUUUGAGCAUUGCUCAGGUUAUACCUACAGUAAUCCUAUUUUUGGUCCCUUAAAAUACGAAAAUUUCUUUAAAAAAUAUUUUUUUCCCAAAAAAAAUGAAAAAAAUUCCGAUUUUGUAGUGGUCACUAUAGCAUUUUCUUCAUUUUACGAAAAAAAUUUGUUUUUUUUUGCAAAAAUCAAAAAAAAAUCCGUAUAGAAUAUUAGUUAGUACAACUACAAAUUUUGUUUAACCAGAAAUUGGGUUACUGUAGGUUUUCGGGGCGCCAAAAUUUGAUCUACUGCAAUUUUUUGCGCGCGAAAUUUGAGUUCUGGAAGAGUAUCCCUAUAUCUACAGUACCCCUACAGUAACCCUGGGCAUGUUUGGUGUCAAAAUGAAGCCAAUAACUAACUACAGUACCCUAUCAUGUCUACAGUAUCCCUAGACCUACAGUACCCUUACAGUACGCCCACAUUUUUCCAGAUCAAGUUUAUUGGUCUCGCGACAUUUUGUUCGUUUUCAUCGAUGCCACGUCAAAUUCGGAUGACUCGACAAAUUUCGCAUUUGACGCAUUCUUGCAAGAAUAUCACUUGACACACUCAAACUACAGUACCCCAACUACAGUAAUCCACGCGGAACAAUUAAAGGAACAAUGUGGAUUAUUGAUUGCUGGAAUUGUAUAUGAACCUGUGAAAUGGCCGAGAAAAUCCAAAAAGGAUACGAGAAUUGUAAGCGGGAAUUUUGGCGCCAAAAAUUACAGUAAUCCGGGUUUUUGGCGCGAAAUUUGAAUUUUUUUAAAUUUUGGUUUUUUGGCGCCAAAAGUUACAGUAAUCCUUGAAUUUUCCUGCAAAAAUUUAAAAGAAGCAAAUUUAUUUUUUUUUAAAUAUUUUUGGCGCCAAAAAUUACAGUAAUCCCCUUCGGAUUACUAUGUAUUAUUCUGAAGAAUUGAAAGGAAUUUCAAUUUCCGCUCCCAAUUCCAUCGGUGCUGAAAUUAUAGCCCAGAAAUUCACGAAAAAUAUGAGAAUCGAUAGAAAAUUCAACAUUUUAUGAGUCUACACUCUCAAAAUUUGAAUUUAUAGUGUUUUUUGAGAGAACUGGAGACGCAGAGAGAGAAAUAUUGAUUUUUUUGAAAUCCUAGGGGAAUUUGGAGCAUUUUGAGUCCAAACACGGUGUAUUUUGGAGAAUUUUUGAAAAUGGGACCAUCUGGUGGUCAAGAAGGUCCGAUUUUCGAAAUUGCGCCAAAAUAUAUUGUGUUUGGGCUCAAAAUGCUCCAAAUUACCCCAGGGUUCCGAAAAACCUAACGAAAACCCGAGAAAACUUAAAAAUUCUAUAAAUUUCGAUUUUUUGAAAUCCCAAAUUUUUCGAAACGGAAGUUCUAGCUGUUUUCAGUAGUGCUAAAUGAUUUUUCUCUAUUUUUCAAGGAAUUUGGAGCAUUUUGAGCCCAAACACGGUGUAUUUUGGAGAAUUUUCAAAAAUGGGACCUUCUUGACCUCCAGAUGGUCCCAUUUUCAAAAAUCCUUUGAAAUAUAUCAUGUUUGGGCUCAAAAUGCUCCAAAUUCUAUGGAAAAUCCAAAAAUCCAUAAUUUUUCAGAUGUCAGCUGCGAUGAACGGAAUCAACGGUCAACAGGCAAAUCUGGACCUCUUCAAUUCGGCCGCCAAAAUUGCUCAUCAAAAAUUGAGCGCCGGAAUGGCGCUUUUUGGAAUUUAUCAGGAUCCCGUGAGUUUUUUCGACCUGAAAUUAAUUUCAGACGUCAAAAAUCAAUAUUUUUGACGUGAAAUCAAUUUUUUACAGCACAGCUACAGUACCCAGGCUUGGCCAUAUUUGAUUCCGCUUCGAGCAAUUUAUGGACAAGGAUUUGUGGCGGUUGAGGGGCUGCACAGUGUUUUGGGAAAAUAUUCGGUGCCGGUAGGGAUUUUUGGGCGGAAAAUUUGGGAUUUUGGGGAAAUUUGAGUCCAGAAAUCGAUUUCUAGCUAAAAUUUGAGAUCCUGAAAUUAAAUUCAGGCCAGAAAACCUGAAUUUUAGGUCUAUACCCAAAUUUUUCAUGAAAAAAUCGAUUUUCUAACAAAUUUUGAGGCAUUGCUCAUGUUAGAAAUCGAUUUCUAGCUCAAAUUUGGUAUCCUAAAAUUAAUUUCAGAUCAGAAAACCUGAAUUUUAGAUCUAUACCUAAAAAAGCCCGUUUUCCUCGAAUUUUUUAAGAAAAAAUCGAUUUUCUAACAAAUUUUGAGACAUUGCUCAUGUUAGAAAUCGAUUUCUAGCUCAAAUUUGAUAUCCUGAAAUUAAAUUUAGGUCAGAAAACCUGAAAUUUGGGUCUAUACUCAAAUUUUUCAUGAAAGAAUCGAUUUUCUAACAAAUUUUGAGACAUUGCUCAUAUUAGAAAUCGAUUUCGAGCUCAAAUUUGGUUUUGAAAUUAAAUUCAGGUCAGAAAACUUGAAUUUUAGAUCUAUACUCAAAAAACCCCAUUUUUCCUCAAAUUUUUCAUGAAAAACAUCGAUUUUCUGACAAUUUUGAGGCAUUGCUCAUAUUAGGCCGUUAUUUUAGGCCCUAACAAUCGGCCUGGACCACACAAUGGGCCCGGAAAAUGGAAUUUUCAUCGAAUCGAUGUGUCGAAUGCUCAAUAAUGCUUUGGAACGACUUCAUCAAAGUUAUUUCAUGUACAUUUUGGGAGACGAUAUGCAUUUCGCAUCGAUCGCCUAUUAUUUGCCGAUUUUGGGCAUUAUUUCGGCACCUCUGCUCAUUUCGGUUGGUUUUUUUCGGGUUUCGGCAUGGUUUUGGGGGCGUGGAUUGCGAAAAUUUGAUGGAAAAUGAUGGAUUUUGAGCGAAAAUUGGUUGGGGCACGGUUUUGUGGGCGGAGCUUAGAGAAAUUAGUUGCGGCAUGGUUUUGGGGGCGUGGCUUGCGAAAAUUUGGUGGAAAAUAAUGGAUUUUGAGCGAAAAUUGGUUGGGGCACGGUUUUGUGGGCGGAGCUUUGGGUCUUUGACUGAAACGUUCAAGCUCCGCCCACAAAACCGUGCCUUAACCAAUUUUCGCUCAAAAUCCAUCAUUUCCCAUCAACUUUUCGCAAGCUCCGCCCCUAAAACCAUGCCGCAACUCCCAAUUUUUGCUAGGCUUACGCAGAAUGGCGUGAAAUUCAACAAAUCCGCCUCUCGCCCUUCAUCUACAUUGCUCAUAUUAUCGGAGCCCUCCAAUUCACCGGUGCCACGUAUGCCUAUGCGAAUUUUGGCGCCAAAAUUUUCGACACCAACUUAGCGCAACUCUUCAUCCUAUCCUCUAUCAUUCCUUUCGGUUUAAUCUACAAUUUUGUGGUUUUGGCGCGAAAAUCUGCUGAAAAUCAAGCUGAAAUUCGUUUUACACGAUUAUUUUUGCAAUUGUUGACGUGUUUGAUGUUGGGAUGUUUGGGAUUGGUCAAUUUUGGAUUGGCACUUUUUGGCGCGAUUUUUGCAGUCCCCCUGGUUUUUGUGAUGACUUUUGAGUCGACAUCGAGGUUUGUGGGCUUUUUUGGGCCGAAAAUCUUGAAAAUUGGCCUUUUUUAGGCCUAGAAACGGGCCACGGCCCUAAUUUAGAGAAAAAUGGGCCUAGAUUGAAUUUUUUAAGCCGAAAAUCUUGAAAAUUGGCCCUUUUUGAGCCUAGGAAUGACCCAAAGCCUUUUUCGGCCUGAAUCUGAAGAAAAUCGGCCUUUUUUGAGCCUAGAAAUGGGCCUUAGGCCCGAAAAAUUGGAAUUUUCAGAUGAAUUUAACCUUCAGGCUCUUUAAAAUGGAAAAAUGAGGCCCUAGCGUUCUUCAGGCCCAAAAACUAGGCUUCUGGCCUAAAAAAUCCCAAAUUUCUUACAGAGCCCGCUCCUAUAUCCGCACAAUUUUCCUAUUUUUCGCCAAUCCCAUUUUCUUGCUCACAUUUUCCGCCAUCAAUUUGCAACAAUAUUUGGAAUAUCCGCAAAAAGUUGGAGAAAAUGCAAUUUUUGACUUGAAUUUGGUGAGUUAUAAAAUGAGCAAUUAAAUUUUCAGCGAAAUUCUAAGGUUCAGAUCUAAAAAUAGCUUAAUUUGGAGCUUCAGGCUUGAAAAAUGAUGUUUUUGAGCUCUGAGAGCAAAAAUAGCCUAAUUUUAAGCUUCAGGGCUAAAUUUAGCCUAAAUUUGAGCUCCACACUCAAAUUUAGCCUAUUUACGAGCGCCAGGCCUGAAAAUAGCCUAUUUUUGAGCUCCAGGGCUAAAUUUAACCUAAAUUCAAGCUCCAUACUCAAAUUUAGCCUAUUUUUGAGUUCGAGCCCUGAAAUUAGCCUAAAUUCAAGCUCCACACUCAAAUUCAGCCUGUUUUUGAGCUCCAGGCCUGAAAUUAGCCUAAAUUCAAGGUCCACACUCAAAUUUAGCCUAUUUUCGAGCUCCAGGCUCAAAAAUAGGUUACUUUUAAGCUCCAGGCCUAAAUCCAGGCAAAAAUCCCCAUUUGCAGGCCGAAAAUUUGAUCUACCGCGCAAUUCGCGAACAUUUGCUCUUCGGCUCCGCCCACUUUGCUCUUUUCUGCCUUUUCGCUCAACCCGUCUGGAAUUUGUUGUUUUUGACGGCCAUUUCGACAACAAAUAAUGAAAUUGAUGAUGAAAAAAUGAAAAAAGAGUAA